AUGCUCCUACCACUGCUUCUGGCGGCAUUGUUGGCAGACUUUGCUGCUGCCAUCCCAGUGCCACAAGAUAGCGGCUCGUCUGCCCCCUCGACAUACACACCGAUCAUGAACGGCCAGAACUUCCCCGACCCUAGCAUCAUCCGAACGAACAACGGCUGGCACAUCUUCUCCACCAACGCCGUCGUGGACGGGGAAAGAAUCAACGUCCAAGCAGGCUACUCCCCGGACUUCACAGACUGGACUUAUCGCAACAACUACGAUGCCCUCCCCAGCCUUCCUCCAUGGGUCGACCCCAUCUCCCCUUCAGUCUGGGCACCCGACUUGAUCCGCCGCCCCGACGGCACGUUCAUAAUGUACUUCACCGCUCUCAACAGAAAUAUCAGCCACCACUGCCUCGGCUACGCCACCUCCAAAACUGUGGAAGGCCCCUACUACCCCGACAGCCCCGAGCCCUGGAUCUGCCACGCGAGUCAAGGCGGCGCCAUCGACCCGAGUGGGUACCAUGACCAGCGCACCAAUAAACGCUAUGUUGUGUACAAAGUCGACGGGAAUGCGAUUGGGCAUGGGGGCGAAUGCGGUAACACUGUCGAGCCGAUUGUACCGACGCCGAUUAUGCUGCAACAGGUAGCAGACGAUGGACAUACUUUUGUGGGAGAGGCGAGGCAGAUCUUGGAUCGUGAUGACGGGGAUGGGCCGUAUGUGGAGGCGCCGUCGUUGUCGUUCUUGGAUGGGAGAUACGUCUUGUUCUUUUCGUCGCAGUGUUACGUUUCGCCGAAAUACGAUGUCACAUACGCCAUCGCCGACGACAUCACAGGGCCGUAUGAGAAACACGGACCGUUGUUCAUCACGGGCGACUAUGGUAUGGUGGCGCCAGGUGGAGGUGAUAUUGCCAUCCACGGCGAUCAUCUCAUCUGGCACGCGGAUUGGAAUGGAGGUCGGGCGGCGUUCACUGCGAUUGUGAAGUUGGAGGGGCAGGAGAUCAAGGUUGAAUGGCCGUGA